UUCUAUAGUUGUCGUUGAAGAAAAGCUCCCUGUUAUCGAAACUGUCGAACAUAUCGAAGUUGUUUCUGAAAAGACUAACGGAUGGUUCGUUCAUUUCAUUGAAAAGAUUAAUAGUAUGCUCGAAGUCGGUGAUUGUGCCGAGGACGUAAAUGCCGUUAUUGUUGAAGAAGAGGCUAAGCUCCAAGUUGUCCUUGAGAAGUCCAAGACCGAGUUACCUGUCUCUGGUUCCAAGGAUACUAAGCCUAUUGAUUCUAUUGCUUUCUACGACAAGCUCCAAGUCUCUAUUGGAUCUCAAGUUGACGAAAUCAAGAAGACUGUCAAGGAAACCUAUGUCCCUGGUUCUGAAGUUACCAAGAUUGAUGUUCAUACUGUCAAGGAAGAUUUCAAGAAGGCUGUCGAGGUUGAAAUUGUUGAAGCCAAGACUGUUGUCUACAAGGAUGCUGGUGUUACUGAGUCUGAGGUUACUGUCAUUGCUACCAAGCCUAUUGAGCAUGUCAAGCACGAGACUGUUAAUGUCUGCAAGCCUACCAAGGCUACCACUAAGGACACUACUGUUAUUGUUACCAAGCCUGUUGAAGGUGUUACCGUUGUUGAAGAAGUUAAGAAGCACGCCGAUGUUAUCAUUGUUGAAGACGUCAAGAAGCAAACCGAUGUUGUUGUCGAAGAGAAGCUUUCAAUUAUUGAAACUGUCGAACAUAUCGAAGUUGUUUCUGAAAAGACUAAUGGAUGGUUCGUUCAUUUCAUUGAAAAGAUUAAUAGUAUGCUCGAAGUCGGUGAUUGUGCCGAGGACGUAAAUGCCGUUAUUGUUGAAGAAGAGGCUAAGCUCCAAGUUGUCCUUGAGAAGUCCAAGACCGAGUUACCUGUCUCUGGUUCCAAGGACACUAAGCCUAUUGAUUCUAUUGCUUUCUACGACAAGCUCCAAGUCUCUAUUGGAUCUCAAGUUGACGAAAUCAAGAAGACUGUCAAGGAAACCUAUGUCCCUGGUUCUGAAGUUACCAAGAUUGAUGUCCAUACCGUCCAGGAAGACUUCAAGAAGGCUGUCGAGGUUGAACUUGUUGAAGCCAAGACUGUUGUCUACAAGGAUGCUGGUGUUACUGAAUCUGAAGUAACUGUUAUUAUCACCAAGCCUACCAAGGACACGACUAUCAUUGUCACUAAGCCCAGCACUGAAAUUAUUCAUACAGGUUCUGUUAUUGUUACUAAGCCCGUGACCAAGGAUGAAAUUAUCUACGAAACUGUUGAACAAGCCGAAACUGAAACUCGUAAGGCUUUGACUAUCACAGUCGAAGCUACCAAGUCCAGAUUUAGUGCAUGGUAUGAUGUCUUCUAUGGAAGAAUCAGAGCUAUCCCUGUCGAUGGUGAACAUUACAAGACCGAAGUCCAAAAGGUUAUUACUAGUUCUCUCGACGAAGCUCAAGUUAUUAUCAAGGAGUCCAAGGCUGCUUUAGAUUACUCUGUUCCCAAGGAAUGUGAUGCUCAAAUCAUUAGUACUGUUAAGGCUACUCAAAAACAAGCUAUUGAAUCCUUGGAUACCAUCUAUACUAUUGUUUCUGAACAAGUCACUGUUAUUGAACAAGUUGUUUCUACCACAGAUGUUGAAUUGAUCCAAGAAAAGAUCCAAGUCAUCGAAGAGCAAUCUAGACGCAAGACCUGUACUGCUAUUGAAUCUACUACCGAGACUGCUAUCUCUGCUGGAUUCGAAGGAAAGACAAUCACUUGGGUUGAGACUACUCGUAUCCCUGCAUCUUUCAAGGGUGUCAAGGUAUUUGCUUUCGACUUGAUUGAUUCUGUCGUCAACUAUCGCGCUUCUAUCUCCAAGGCUUGGUAUCUACUCGUCAACAAGAAGAGCGCCUGUACUUUUGCUCAUAUCAAUGUCCAACAAUUCAUUAUCCGUUGGUACAGUCUUUACCUCCAACUUCGUAUUGAAGCUAGAUACUCUGUCUCUGACAGCACUAUUCUUCUCAAUGCCUUGAGAUUAAUCUUGGUCGAAUUCUCUAUUGAAUCCGCCUUUACCGAAUCUGAGUUGAUUACACUCUGUUCUGCCUGGCUCAAGCUGGAACUCUUUGAAGAUGCAUCUGCCAGUAUCCGCAAGAUCAAACAACUCGAUGGUGUCUAUGCCGUUGCUAUUUCUCAUGCAUUCAGUAUUCGUACAAUGAUGGAUCUUGCUCGUAGCGGUUGUCUUUGCUGGCACGCCCAGUUUACGGCUGACAUGUUUGCUGCCUGUACUAUCAACAAUGGUACCAGUGAAGAAGUCACCGUCGUCAGCAACACUGCUAUGCUCCUCGGUUUGAAUGACGCCAGUGAACUUGCUGUUGUUUCUUCUAACCCCAAGAUUCUCGCUGCUGCCAAGGAGAAUGGAUCCAAGACUGUCUUGAUUAACCGUUACGGUUUGGAAGCUUCUGGUGCUGCUGAGGCUGAUGUCUCUGCUGUCGCCGUUGCCGGUGCCGGUGCCUCUGCUGCAUAUGCUUCUGGUGUAUACAGUUCUGGUGUUUACACUUCCGAAGUAUUUGAUUUGGAGUUCUCUGCUCUUGAUAUUUUCUCUGAAAGUUUCGAGUCUUUCUACUAUGAAUCCGAAGUUGUUUAUACAAAGAUCGAAGUACCUGUCACUCGCUCUUGGUUCCAAAGAGUCGUCUCUACCGUUACUGAAACUGCCGAAACCGUCUCUCACGCCAUUAUUGGUUAAACUUUAGCUAGUAUUUUCUAUUAUUAUCAAAUUAUUUAAAUAAAAUUUUAAAUUAAAAAAAAAGUGU